AUGUCACUUACCUGACAUAGGAAGAUAGUAACUGCAGCUGCGGGUCACCGAGAGUCAGUCUAUCCUAUUAAUUUUUGACAGCGCUUCUUUAAAUGAUUUUUCGCUGACUUCAUUGUCUAUAUGGUGUGUAUACAUUCUUACAACAAGACGCCAUCCAUGAUGCUUCUUCUAUUUAUAACACUAUCGAUUUUUGGAGUUACACAGACUCACGGCCAGUGUGAAUUUUCUCCAUUAAAAACUGAAAUAUCAGCUUUUGGAACACGAAGAUCUUAUUGUGAACAUCUUGUGAAAGAUGGAAUGAGUGUAGCUAAAUUAAGAGUUUUACCUGAAACCACUUUUAAAACAUUGGAUUGCCAUACAUGUACAUGUAAUCAAUAUGGGAUGCGUUGCUGUCCAAGCAACAGGGAUCCACGGUCACUACAAAUACCCAGACAUUGCAGAAUUGUAAUGGAUGGCUGCACACCCACACCAGUUAGAAAAUCAGAUAACAAAACAGACUGUUAUACUGCAAAACCCGUCCAAGUUGUCCGUCAAAACAGACAAAGAAUAAACAACGUAUUAACCACUUUGGACCGAGUUCAGAGAAUGCAGCGACAACAAGUGGCCCGUGGUGGUGAGACCCCAGAAGGUCCUACUCCGGACCAGGUUAUAAUGAUGAUGGCAUUGUCAGGUGCACUAGAGAACCCAUACAACCCUUUGGGAACAUCUGGUGGAAUGUAUGGACCUCCUUUCGAGAAUUCAAUGAUGCCAUUUUUAAUGCUAGGAAUGAUGGGAUCCUAGAGGGUUUAACUUCCGAAAAUAUUAUUGAAAAAAAACCCACCGGUUUUGAUCCAUUUCAAGCUUUAGUACUGCCUUUUAUUAACACCGGCUGCAUAAAAAAUAAUAAUAUGUGCGCGGUUAAUUUAAUUCUUGUGUAGCGAAAACUAUUACCAGUGAUUAUUAUUUAAAUUUAUUUUAGGUUUUAAAAAAUGUUGAUAUUUAGGUAUUAUCUGUUAUCAGACAAUUUGAAUUACUAGUGGUCAAUGAAGAAUUUUUUUCAUUAUUGACACCAUGUAAUUUUAAAACAAGUAUCCAGUUAUCUUACAUUUUUUUUUACUAGUGUAUUUUACUCUUUGUUUACCAUCAGUGUUGAAAAGAUUUAAGUUGUUCGAACUCCGUAAGAAUAACAUGUAAUAACAUAGAUGGAAAACUAGCCCGGUAAAUAAUAUGCAAAUAAUCCGGUAACGUUUAGAUUAUGAUAACAUAUGUGUUGUGCAGUAUUUUUUCCAAUUAUUUUUUAAUAAAUAUUUCAAUUUUGUGAUAA